ACACUAUUUCGGGAUUUAGUACGUUACGAGCUUCCUGCAGUAUCGCGACUGACUACCGCCACGCAGAGCACGCGAUUUAAUCGAAAUAUAAACAAAAUAAAACUUUCUCUCGUGUCGACUUUGAAACUCUUUUCCCUGCCGCUGAUGCUGUUCCCAUUGGUACUUGGUGCGAGUCCAGAUUGGUUUUUUCUCUGACAUUUUGGUGACCGAUGAAACUUGGUUCACGUGUGUGACUGUGCUGGUUAAGUUUGAUUGUUGACAGCGAGAUCUGGCUCGCUCGAGGAACUGUAUACGGCGUGUUUCCAAUCGUGGCCGGUGAGUGUGUGUCCUUUGGCCCAAUUACCACUGCCUCUCGACACAUGCGCCCGCUUCGCAAUGAGCUAUUCGCAAGGAAAGGGACGCUUAUAUCCGGCCUAUAGCCUAAGUGGUUCUGAAGGUGAGGAAUCUCCCAGGAGAUACGGGGGUCCGCAUACUUAUCAGCACCCGCUCUAUCAACAACCGGCGGGACUCAGUGACACCCCUUCGUCCGAAAACGCAUCAGACGCUACCCUUACUGAUUCCGAACUGGCCCUAGCAAGAGAUUCAACCCUUCUGGUUCACAACGGCUGUUUGCUAGAUAGUGCGCCUCGUCCUCCAGAUGUACCACCGAGAAACCCAGCAAUGAACAGGCUCAACGGACGCCUGGCGUCAGCACCCCCACAGGAUCCGAACCAGGAUUUUGAACCAUCUUGUUUAGUGCGAACGCCAUCAGGAAAUGUGUAUAUACCAAGUGGAACGCUCAAUCACCCCAAGAACUCGACUAUCGAUUACAAAUCAAAUUCAUCUUGCAGUAGUCCUUCCAAAGAUAUGAAAAGCUCGGGCGCGGGCAGCGUGGGCGGAAUGGGCGGAGUCGGUGGUCUUUCGUAUGGGGCACAAAUGCCCGUCUUACCCGUCCGAAACAAUUUACGAAGACCAAAUUCGAGCCAUUUUUCACCAGCGGCGUCCAGAUUCCACUUCCGAAAAGGCUUUGCAAAUCGGUGCACGUGGAAAUGCACCGCCAUCAUAUUUAUAGUUUUGUGCGUUGCGUUAAUUGCAGCGCUCUCGUAUAUUACCGCAUCGAGUUUACUCAGCUGGUCAUAUCAAGGAACGAAGCCGUGCGCCGUUCUUGUCGGCGAGAAUAGUCAAAUCGUAUCUACUUCAAAGACUCUACCGUCUGAAACGAAUUCGAGUGCAAGUCGACCGAAACAAGCGUCGAGUAGCAACGGAGGCACUAACAGUAGCGAAGAUUACGACUACGACGUUUUUUACAACUCUGAAGAUUCUAGCGUUACGACUAAACGUACGCACGGCAUACCGAGUGUUACCACGGUAUCGCCCAUGUCGACUACGGAUUUUACAGGGUCCACCCAGACUUUAGAAACCUUAUGUCCCGAGAUCACUACAAAAAUGCCUCCUCCACCCACGAUUCUGAUUUUGGAAGGUCCACGCACAUUCCCAGCUCAAUCCUUCCCUCCAGACGGCACUACGUUCUCCCAGAUUGCGUUGGGUCAACGUCUGUCAAAAGAGAUUCCUCCAUACGGAUAUUGGAACAUGCAAUUUUACCAAUCGGAGGCGGCGUACGUUAAAUUCGAUUACAGCAUACCGAGAGGAGCAAGUAUAGGAGUCUACGCGAGAAGAAACGCUCUGCCCACACACACUCAGUACCAUAUUUUGGAGGUGUUGAGCGGGUUCAAGGCCCGGACUACUAGGGCAUCACACUCUUACGUGAAGAAAGAAGUUACUCACUACAUGGAGCAAGGUCACUGGUUCUUGUCCCUAUACAACGAUGACGGCGACCCCCAAGAAGUUACGUUUGUUGCCGCGGUAGCCGACGACAUGACCCACAACUGUCCCAAUGGUUGCAGUGGCAAAGGAGAAUGUUUGAUGGGUCAUUGCCAGUGUAAUCCAGGAUUUGGUGGAGAUGAUUGUAGUGAAAGUGUAUGCCCGGUGCUCUGUAGCCAACGGGGUGAAUACAUCAAUGGCGAAUGCCAGUGCAACCCUGGUUGGAAAGGCAAGGAAUGCCAGCUAAGGCAUGACGAAUGCGAAGUGCCUGACUGCAACGGACAUGGCCAUUGCUCGAAUGGAAAAUGCAACUGCGUUCGCGGAUAUAAGGGCAAAUUUUGUGAGGAGGCCGAUUGUCCCCACCCGACGUGCUCCAGCCAUGGUUAUUGCGUAGAAGGCACUUGUAUCUGCAAGAAAGGCUGGAAGGGUCAGGACUGUUCCCAAAUGGACAAAGACGCGCUCCAGUGUCUACCGGAUUGCUCCGGUCACGGCUCGUUCGAUCUGGAAUCCCAGACAUGCACUUGUGAACCUCGCUGGUCUGGCGAAGACUGUUCCAAAGAACUGUGCGACUUAGAUUGCGGCAACAACGGACACUGCGUGUCAGAGCAGUGCCAGUGCGAUCCGGGUUGGUCUGGAGAUUUCUGCAAUCUGAAACAGUGCGACCAACGUUGCAACGAACACGGCCAAUGCAAGAACGGAACGUGCCUUUGCGUCACCGGUUGGAACGGGAAACACUGCACUAUCGAAGGGUGUCCAAAUAGUUGCUCGGCACAUGGCCAGUGCAGAGUAAACACGGACGGCAUGUGGGAGUGCAAAUGUGAUAACGGAUGGGACGGACCUGAUUGCAGCAUAUUGCUGGAGCAGAACUGUAACGACGGCAGAGAUAACGAUAAAGAUGGACUGAGCGAUUGCGAAGAUCCCGAGUGUUGUUCGAACCCGGCCUGUAAGAGUAGCCAGUUGUGCGUCUCAUCCCCGAAACCAAUCGACAUUCUUCUCCGGAAGCAACCCCCCGCAAUCACCGCCUCCUUCUUUGAAAGAAUGAAAUUUCUUAUCGAUGAAGGCAGCUUGCAAAAUUACGCCAGGCAGGAAACUUUCAACGAGAGUGUCUUUUGGAAUCACUUCAAUACGAGUCGAUCGGCAGUGGUCAGAGGCAGGGUGAUCACACCAAUGGGCACGGGACUCAUGGGAGUACGAGUAAGUACAAGCACACCCUUGGAAGGAUUCACUCUCACCCGCGAUGACGGCUGGUUCGACCUGCUUGUCAACGGAGGAGGGGCCGUUACUCUCCAGUUCGGCAGAUCGCCGUUCAGACCGCAAAGUUACAUCGUCUUCAUACCCUGGAACGAAGUUGUCAUUAUAAACAACGUUAUCAUGACUACUGGCGAGGAAAAAUCGGUAUCGUUGGUCCCUCAGCCUUGCGCCACUCAUAAUUACGACAGCAUGAAGCCGGUAGUUUUGGCAACGUGGAAGCACGGCUUUCAAGGCGCUUGUCCAGAUAAAAGCGCCAUCUUGGCCGAAUCCCAAGUCGUCCAGGAGAGCCUAAACAUACCUGGGACCGGUCUGAACUUGGUUUAUCACAGUUCGCGUGCUGCCGGAUAUUUGUCGACUAUUCAAUUGCAACUAACACCCGACGUAAUUCCGGCGACGUUGAAGUUGAUCCACCUAAGGAUUACCAUAGAAGGGAUUUUGUUCGAAAAAGUUUUCGAAGCGGAUCCCAUCAUUAAAUUUACUUACGCGUGGAAUCGGCUUAACGUCUAUCGCCAACGAGUCUACGGCGUUACGAAUGCAAUUAUAAAAGUUGGCUACGAAUACAGCGAUUGCAAAGAUGUCAUUUGGGACGUGCAGACAACAAAACUGAGUGGUCACGACAUGAGCAUUUCGGACGUCGGCGGUUGGAAUUUGGAUAUCCAUCACCGGUACAACUUCCACGAAGGCAUAUUGCAGAAGGGCGACGGUUCUAACAUUUACCUAAAGUACAAACCGAGGGUUAUAUUGACCACGAUGGGUGACGGUCAUCAAAGGCCGCUAGACUGCGUGGAUUGCGAAGGACCGGCCUCCAAACAACGACUUCUUGCUCCCGUUGCGCUGGCUAGUGACCGGGACGGCUCACUUUUUGUUGGAGACUUCAAUCACAUCAGGAAAAUUCAGACAGACGGCGUGGUUCGAACCAUACUGCGACUAAACGCCACACGAGUGUCUUAUCGAUAUCACAUGGACAUAAGUCCUCUGGACGGCGCGCUAUAUAUAUCCGAUCCCGAAUCUCAUCAAAUCAUUAAAGUGCGCAGCACAAACGACUACGGCGAUCCGGAUCACAACUGGGAAGCGGUGGUGGGUUCAGGAGAAAGAUGUCUUCCCGGGGACGAGGCCCACUGCGGCGACGGAGCACUAGCACGCGACGCGAAGCUCGCUUACCCGAAAGGAGUAGCCGUAUCCAACGAUAACGUAUUGUACUUCGCAGACGGAACCAAUAUACGGAUGGUCGAUAGAGACGGUAUCGUGACUACCGUAAUCGGCAAUCACAUGCACAAGUCCCACUGGAAACCUUUACCCUGCGAAGGGACUUUGAACAUCGAAGAAGUUCAUUUACGUUGGCCCACAGAACUCGCUAUUAAUCCCUUGGACAAUACGCUCCACAUCAUCGAUGAUCACAUGAUCUUACAACUGACCCUCGACGGGCGGGUGAAGGUGAUCGCUGGAAGGCCUCUGCAUUGCCCUUCGCCUCUCGUAGGUUACGAUAUCGAACUGGCAGCACACGCCACGUUGGUAAUGCCGCAGAGUAUUGCGUUCAGUUCCGUUGGAGAUCUCUACGUGGCUGAGAGCGAUUCGCAACGGAUUAAUCGCGUGAGAGUUAUCGGAACCGAUGGGAAAAUUUCGCCCUAUGCCGGCGCCGAAUCUAAAUGUAACUGCUUGGAGCGCGGAUGCGACUGCUUCGAAGCCGACCACUAUCUCGCUUCCAAUUCCAAAUUUAAUACUAUAUCAGCAGUUACUAUCACCCCAGACGGGCACGUUCAUAUAGGCGAUCAGGUGAAUUACAGAAUACGAUCUGUUAUGGCGAGUAUCCCGGAUGCCAGCAUAUCGAGAGAAUACGAAAUAUAUUCGCCGGAAACUCAGGAAAUCUACAUCUUCAACAGAUUCGGGCAACAUAUCGCCACGAAAAACAUCCUCACCGGGGAAACCGUUUACGUAUUCACAUAUAACGUCAAUACCAGUAACGGCAAAUUAAGUACCGUUACGGAUGCUGCCGGUAAUAAAGUCUUUCUAAUGAGAGAUUAUUCGAGUCAGGUCAACUCCAUAGAAAACACCAAAGGACAGAAAUGUAGACUGAGGAUGUCGAGGAUGAGGAUGUUACAUGAACUCAGUACCCCAGAAAACUACAACGUCACUUUCGACUACCACGGACCCACGGGAUUGUUAAAAACGAAGCUGGAUAGCAGCGGGAGAAGUUACGUCUACAACUAUGACGAAUUUGGAAGAUUAACUUCUGCCGUCACGCCCACCGGAAAAGUCAUAAGUCUCACGUUCGAUUUAAGUCUGAAGGGCGCGACAGUCAAAGUGAGCGAGAACGAUAUCAAGCAAGUAUCAAUGCUGAUCAAAGGCUCUAGCGUUUCCGGCAGAGCAGAAGAUGUAGAGAACAGAAUAACGGUCUUCCCGGAUGGAGGAGUUUCCAGCUUAACAUCCUGGCAACAUUCAAUUACGACAGAUACGAUUCCGUACAAUAUUUUGGCCGACAAAGAUCCAAUAUUAGGAGAAAGUUAUCCGGUACCGGCCAAACAAAGGAUGGAAAUCGGCGGGGACCUAGCCAAUAGAUUCGAAUGGAGGUACUAUAUCAGACCGAAUCAAAAUGCCAAAGGCAAUAAAAAUAUACCGAGAGCCAUAUCAAAAGUGGGACGAAAACUGAGAGUGAAUGGCGAAAACAUUGUCACGAUGGAGUAUGACAGAGAGACGGCAUCCGUAUCGGUAUUCAUGGAUGAGAAAAUAGAACUUUUAAACGUAACUUACGAUCGAUCGGCAAGGCCGGUCCGUUGGGGUCCAAGGAACGGAAUAUUUGCGGAGGUCCAGCUUGACUAUGAUAGAUUCAGUAGGCUCAGCAAUUGGAAAUGGGGAGAGUUGAGCGAAACUUAUGGCUUCGACCGAGCAGGUCGGUUGUACGAAAUUAAAUACGCCGAUGGCUCUUCUUUGGUUUAUGCGUUCAAGGACAUGUUCAGCAGUCUGCCUCUAAAAGUGACAACUCCUAGGGGAUCAGACUACUUGCUGCAAUAUGACGAUUCUGGCGCCCUUCAAUCUUUGACAACACCGAGGGGACAUAUCCACACGUUCUCAUUGCAAACCUCCCUUGGCUUCUUCAAGUACCAAUAUUUUUCACCAAUGAAUCGCCAUCCCUACGAAAUAAUUUACAACGAUGAUGGGCAAAUAUUAGCCAAAGUAUAUCCCCACCAAUCGGGAAGAGUACUGCAUGUAUAUGAUUCCUCCGGAAGGCUGGAGACCACUCUUGCUGGUAUGAGUUCCACACACUACACAUAUCACGACAUAUUGGAUCUUGUUAAGAACAUAGAGAUUGUACAACCGAAUUUCGAGUUGAAACAAGAAUUCAGAUAUCAUUCUGGAAUUUUAAAAGAUGAAAAACUUAAAUUUAACAUCAAAAGUGGCCUGGACAACGCUCAUUAUAAGUACCAAUAUGACGGGAACGCUAGAUUAUCGAAUAUCGAUGUAGAUAUUAAUGGCAAAGAACUGCCACAACUAAGACUGAAAUAUAAUCAAAACCUUGGCAGUUUGGAGGGCAUUAGUGACCUGAGGAUUUACAGAAACACUUUCAAUCGAUCAGUUAUGCAGGAUACCAGCAAACAAUUCUUCACCAUAAUCGAUUACGACGAUCAUGGAAGAUUAAAAAAUAUUUUGAUUAACAUCAAAUCGUUCGACGUAUUCCGGUUGGAAGUGGAAUAUGACUCCAGAAAUAAGAUAAAAAUGCAAAAGUUGUUAGUCGGCAGGACGCAGUUUAUGGACAGAAUUUCCUACAACGCGGACGGUCAUGUUCUGGAGGUGAUCGGUUCCAGCAACUGGAAGUACGUGUAUGAUGAGAACGGUAAUAUCAUCGCAAUAAUUAAAGAAAAGGAAAAAAUCACUUUGGGCUACGACAGUGGAGACAGGGUGAUGCAAUACGGAGAUGUGGAAUUCAAUAGUUACGAUAAUCGUGGCUUCGUGGUAAGAAGAGGCGAGCAGAAGUAUAGAUUUGAUCCCAAGGGACAGCUCAUCCAUGCGUUUGAGAGAGAUAAGUUCCAAACGUGGUACUACUACGACGAUAAGCGCAGACUCAUCGCGUGGAACGACGACAAGGGCAAUAUUACUCAAUACUUUUACUCGAAUCCCGAUACUCCUGACUUGAUUACUCACGUUCACUUCCCGAAGACUGGCCGCACAUUCAGAUUUUUGUAUGACGCCCGAGACGUUCUCAUUACUGUCGAAACGUCGGAGCAAAGAUUUUACGUAGCAUCGGAUCAAGCUGGCACUCCUUUGGCACUGUUCGAUAUAAACGGAAAUUUGAUUAAAGAAAUCCGUCGCACACCGUUUGGGAAUACUAUCCUAGAUUCCAACCCGGACUUCUAUUUGCCCGUCGAUUUCCACGGAGGUAUUUUAGAUCCAAAUACGAAAUUGGUGUACAUCAACAAACGUCUUUACGAUCCAAUCGUUGGACAAUGGAUAACUCCGAACUGGGAGAAGCUAGCAACCAAACUCACAACACCGACAGAUAUAUUUAUAUACAGGUUCCAUAAUAAUGAUCCCAUUAAUGCGAAACAUUCCAUCAACUAUAUGACCGACCUUCAGACGUGGCUGAAACUUUAUGGAUAUGACAUCGAGAAAAUGCUAGGCUUCCGUUACAUAACCAACCAAAUUUACAAACCCAAGGCGACCGUAACCGCCCCCCAAUUAGCUCCAGAUUUUGGCAUCAUGUCUGGAUUGCAAUGCAUAGUCGAUAAGGUUAACGAGAAGUUCAUGGACAUCAGUUUUGUGCCCAAACCGCUGUUAAAGAAGGAGCCCAAGACGAGGAACCUCUUGCCGCGCGUGGCCUACAGGAAAUCAGUUUUCGGCGAAGGAGUUCUGAUAUCACGAGUGGGAAAUCGCGCUUUGGUUAGCGUGGUCGAAGGUGUCAAUGGUGUAGUGCAAGACGUAGUGACUUCAGUUUUUAAUAACUCCUUCUUCUUGAACCUGCAAUUCAGCAUACACGAUCAAGACUUUUUCUACUUCGUCAAAGACAAUGCCCUGAAAAUCCGCGACGAUUUAGAGGAACUGCGUAGGUUAGGUGGAAUGUUCAACGUUUCGACGCACGAAAUUAGCGAACACGGGUCCGCGACUCCCUUAAAAGAAUUGCGAUUACACAAUCCAGAUGCUGUAGUUAUUAUAAAGUACGGUGCGGAUCCAAAACAAGAGACUCACAAAAUUCUGAGGCACGCACACAAGCGGGCUAUAGAAAGGGCGUGGGAGAUCGAGAAACAGUUGGUUGCCGCCGGGUUCCAGGGACGAGGGGAUUGGACUGAAGAGGAAAAGGAGGAGCUCGUAUCACACGGAGACGUAGACGGAUAUGAGGGCAUCGACAUACACAGUAUCCACAAGUAUCCGCAACUUGCUGAUGAUCCGGGCAAUGUAGCAUUUCAGCGAGACACGAAACGGAAAAGACGGAAGAGCGGAACCAGGCGUAAUAGAAUACAUAGGCAUGAGUCUUAAUAAAAAAGAAAAAGAUAACAUGUGGUGAUAAUGAUAAUAUAGGAACAGCAGAAAUAUUUUUAUGUGCCAUACCAUUGUCAUCAAUUCCUAGUCGCUCCGUACAUUAAUUAAUCGAUAGAGACAAAUUACUAUUUUUAAUAAGUCGUGGCGUAUAUUUUAAAGAAAUUCUUUACGCGAACAAGAGCCAUUAAAAAUGUGUCCAUUGUAAACUUAUCGUGUAGAAGCAAUCAAAUGGCCUAUGUGUAUUGAAAGGAUUUAAACACGUAAUUUCCAUUUUCUUUCCACAGGGUAGACCAUGAUACUCUUACAAUGAUCGGAUUAAGAUAAGGAUAAUAAAUUUAAGAGACUACUGUAGUUAAUCUAUACAUACAUUAUAGUUAAGGCAAUACUAAGGUCAAAAAUGUAAAUAAAAGCUUUUUUAUAUCGAAACUAUGGCAAAUGCUAUCAGACAUAGGAAUAACUAGCAAAGAGAAUCAUUUAAAUAUUCCAUUUUCAAUAAAAUUGAUUGUCAUCAAUUUUGGAGUUCUCCCAUUACAUUUAUCGUUUUGCCUAUUUGGAUAUAAUAAUUCUUCCUCGCCUCUGCCAUCUAAUACGUCGAGGAAGAAGCAAAAUUGCACAUUAAUUGAACUUCAAAAUUAAUAAAAUUGAUAGAGGUAGAGAAUGACUGAUAGGGAACCAAAAUGAUUCAUGAUUGUAAUAUAUUACAUAGGGCGAACAAACUAUAAAGCUGUACAUAAUUAAUUUAUCGAUUAUUUUGGUGAUUGUGUAUCAAACUUUUUUUGAUAUGACUCUGGUUAUUAGUCAGUGCAUUGUUUACAGACAUGUAAUUGUUGCACUUUGGGCAAGUAACUUUGUCGACUUCAGUUUCAUUGGAUCUUUUAUCGUUAUAUAAUACUCAGUGUAUUACUCCACAGUAAGAUGAUAUACUCAUCAAAUCUACUGUUGGUAAACUGAUUGUAGCUUUGAAUAGCUUUAAAUCGGGUGGUUAAGAAUUAGAAAUCGCACCAAACUGCAUAACAAAGAAGUGCAAGAUUUCCAUAGUUGUAGACAUGGAUCUAAUUUAAACGCAACUUUCGUCUAUGUAUCAUUAGAAUAGCGGUCUACUAAUUCUGUCGAACUUGAAGCCUAAAUAUUUUGCUAAUAGUGAUGUUCCAAAGUUUUAUUACCAACUUUACGCUAGCCGUUGUACUUACUUAGAUGAAUAGAUGGAUUUUUUUUAUAGAGGCCUAGAUUGGAAGAUUCAUGUACAAUUUGUCCAUUUAAUAAAAGGUCAAGUCGAGGUCUGAUUGAAUUCUUUAGGGUAACUAACGCUGGAACGUUGUCAAGAAUUAUAAAAAUUUCACCCGCCACAUGCCCUAUUGAAUAAUAAUAAACCAAGAUUUGCCAGAAAAAUGUCAGUGUUGUUUCUAUUAUAUAACUUUUAAACACUGCUGUUGUAAUGAUAGAUAACAUAACUGUAUCAAAAGAUUUCUUAUCAUUAUAUUCAUCAAAUUCUUCGCUAGUGCAUUGAUUUAAUUUCAAAUGUCUUCUUGAUCGUUUCAAUAAAUCGACAUUUUCUUAAUUUUAGGUGGAUCUUAGGCAAUGUAAUGCCAAGUACAGUGAUAUUUUCUUAAUACUGUGACUAGAAAAAUUGAAAGCAAUACUUCUUAAACUAAAUUGUCUCUAAUUAAUCUUACUGUAAUUACGUGCAAUUGUUUGGUGGACUGCUUGUGUUUGCAAUGGAUAUACAGGGUGCAUUCUUAUUACGCCUCCCUAUUUUUUUAUGAAUUCAAUUUAGAGGUCGCUGACUAUUUCUAACUCGUUCACGUGCUGUAUUCAUAGACCGCAAAAUACUCAAUUCGAAUGGUAGAUCUCCAAACACCCUGUAAACGUUAUGACAUGACCAUACUCGGAACUAUUAAUAAAAUAUUUUAUGUAUGUAUAUACUUAUUGUGUACAUUGUUUUUAUAUGUAAAUAUAUUUUUGUUUAAUUCAGUAAUAUAUAUAUUAG